GGGCUACAUUCCGGCCUACAAUUACACCAUCCCCGCCGCGUAUUGGCUUGAGCCUGGUCCAGCCAUUGUCCGCCGUGGUGACGAGCAAAUCGUCGAGAACAUGGUCAAUGGCACCCAUCACAGCAACUCGGGUGAGCCCGAGAACAAACGGCAGCGAAUUGAUGGUGAUGGCCAAACUAACACAAAUGCAGAGUCUUCUCAUGACUGGAACGGUCGCCAGUGCUUUGUUACUGUUGGCGCCACGGCUGGCUUCCCCAGCCUGAUUGAGGAAAUCACCACUCCGGCUUUCCUGAACUGCCUCAUCCGCCAUGGCUACGACAGGCUCACUAUCCAGUGCGGUCCCGAAUACCAGCUCGCUGAACAGCGGAUCGUGAGCCUCGGUGCACGUGAGACCGACUUCCAGCUCGCUCACCAGCGGAUCGUGAGCCUCGGUGAUGAUGUGGCACGUGAGAUCUUGAUUACCAUGUUCGCAUAUACCGACGCGAUGGUUGAGAAUAUCUAUGCUUGCCGUCAGGAUCCUGCUGGUUGCGUCAUUUCCCAUGCUGGCUCCGGAACUGUUAUAGAGGUCAAGCGUAUCAACGCUCCUCUCAUUGUUGUUCCGAAUCCCACUUUGAUGGACAAUCACCAGGCAGAACUGGCGCAAUUGGUUAUAGACAUGAACUGGGGUGUUGUUGCGGAGAUCGGAAACCUCAUCGACGCCAUUGACGAGAUCGACGAUUGGAUUAUCGAAGGCACGUCAGACAACCUCCCGCCGUACACGCCGCCGUCGUUUCCCGUCCCGGCCGCCGAACGCGUAACCCUCUUCGAUUGGAUGGUGCUGACCUGCUACCCAGACGAGCUCGCCCGCCAGCAGUACGAGGAAGACCUUGCGAAUCUGGCUGCCAAUAUGCAGCAGGAGAUUGAUGACGACGAGGAGGGACCCGGCGCCGCCGCCACCAUGGUGCCGGGCCAGUGGGUCCCGAUCGGCACCGCCCCCAGCUACCAAGUCGCCCAGGAAACCACCACGGGCAUGCGGAUCGACUAGGAAAUCGGACCGUAUACUGGCCCUGACGGCCAUUUCCCCAUCGCUGUCCCCAACCAACUUGGGACUAGCACUGGCGCUGGCACUGGCGCUGCCGCUGGCACUGGCGCUGGCACUGGCAUUGGAACUGGCACUGGCAGUGAUCAGGC